UAUAGCCACAAUGGCAACGUCCUCUGAAGAAGUGUUACUGAUUGUAAAGAAGGUACGUCAGAAGAAGCAGGAUGGAGCUCUCUACCUGAUGGCUGAGAGGAUAGCAUGGGCACCUGAAGGCAAGGACCGAUUCACAGUCAGCCAUAUGUAUGCAGACAUAAAAUGCCAGAAAAUUAGUCCAGAAGGUAAAGCUAAAAUUCAGCUUCAGCUGGUAUUGCAUGCAGGGGACACAACCAACUUUCACUUCUCCAAUGAAAGCACAGCAGUGAAGGAGCGAGAUGCGGUAAAGGAUCUUCUUCAGCAACUGUUGCCCAAGUUCAAAAAGAAAGCUAAUAAAGAACUUGAGGAGAAGAACAGAAUGCUGCAAGAAGAUCCUGUUUUGUUUCAGCUCUAUAAAGACCUUGUUGUGAGCCAAGUAAUCAGUGCUGAAGAAUUCUGGGCGAACCGUUUAAGCCUGAAUGCAGGGGAUAAUUCUGCAGCACCUAGUAAGCAGGAAGUGGGCAUCUCUGCAGCAUUUCUGGCUGAUGUACGGCCUCAAACAGAUGGCUGCAAUGGCCUGAGGUAUAAUUUGACUUCAGAUAUCAUUGAAUCCAUAUUUCGAACGUAUCCUGCAGUAAAAAUGAAAUAUGCAGAAAAUGUUCCACAUAACAUGACCGAGAGGGAAUUCUGGACACGAUUUUUUCAGUCUCAUUAUUUCCAUCGGGACAGGCUGAAUACAGGCUCAAAAGACCUCUUUGCAGAAUGUGCCAAACUGGAUGAAAAAAGCUUAAAAACAAUGGUGUCUCAAGGAGUAAAAAACCCUCUGAUAGAUUUAACAGCUUUGGAAGAUAAAACAUCAGAUGAAGGCUAUGAUGUUGCUUCUGUGGCCUCUACAUCAAACGCCUCAAAAUCUGCUAGAGAAAGUAGCAAUGCUGCCAUUAUAAAACGCUUUAAUCAUCAUAGUGCCAUGGUCCUUGCAGCUGGCCUCAGGAAACAAGAAGCACAAAAUGACCAUUACAGUGAGACCAGCAGUACGGAUGGAAACUCCAGAGAUUCAGAUUUCUUUCAACCACCAGUGAAAAAGGUGAAACUGCAGGAGUCCAUUGAAUAUGAAGAUUUAAGAAAGAAUAAUAGCAUUAAAACUAUUGCACUAAACUUAAAGAACUCUGAGAGGUAUUAUCACGGUCCAACUCCAAUUCAAUCACAGCAAUAUGCAACCAGUCAGGAUAUAAUUAAUUCUUUUCAUAGUAUUAGACAAGAAAUGGAAGCAUAUGUACCCAGACUAACUCAGGUUCUUUCAAGUAGUGAUGCUGCUAACGCUAUUGCAGCCUUGUCACCUGGAGGAGCACUUAUGCAGGGUGGAACACAGCAAGCCAUAAACCAGAUGGUGCCAAAUGAGAUUCAGUCUGAACUAAAACACUUGUAUGUGGCGGCAGGGGAACUGCUACGACACUUCUGGUCCUGCUUUCCUGUGAAUACGCCAUUCCUAGAAGAAAAGGUUGUCAAAAUGAGGAGCAACUUGGAAAGAUUUCAAGUUGCAAAGCUCUGCCCAUUCCAAGAAAAGAUUCGGAGACAGUAUUUAAGCACAAAUUUGACAAGUCACAUAGAAGAGAUGCUGCAGACGGCCUACAAUAAGUUCCAUACGUGGCAGUCCCGGCGUAUGCUGAAGAAGACGUGAAGAUGCAUGCUGUACAGGUCUGAGAGCUAAUCUGCAAUAGGUGUAGGAGUACAACCUAGCAUAUGUGCAGAUCUUAGAGUUGUUGCAGGAAGCCCUGUGAGCUGUGGACUUCUGGAAACAAUGCUAACUGAACUUGCACAUUUUUGAAAAAGAACUGAGAUUAAACUUGAAAACUAGGGAGGAAAACAAGGAAGAACCAAAUCAGAAAAGCUGAGGUGCAAAAAUACUUAAAAGACACUGUUUACUGCAGUUACUCAGGAACUGCUUUUGAUUCGCAUAAAGAGCUGCUUUCAGAAAAAAAAAUAGAGGGUGUAUUAAUAAAA